CAUCGGUUUUCACCAACAAUCGGCCAUUUUAGUCAAAGACAUCAUCGUGUACGUUUGUGCUUUUGUUCUUAAAUUCUUCAAGAGUCCCUAAUUACAAUUAUUCAAGAUGGUUAGGGAGAACAAAACAGCCUGGAAAGCCAGCUAUUUCCUUAAAGUCGUUCAAUUGUUCGACGAAUACCCAAAAUGUUUCAUCGUCGGAGCCGACAACGUAGGUUCUCGCCAGAUGCAAAACAUCCGUACUUCCCUCCGUGGAAAGGGUGUCGUUCUCAUGGGUAAGAACACCAUGAUCCGCAAGGCUAUCCGCGGACACUUGGAGAACAACCAACAGCUCGAGAAGUUGUUGCCUUACAUCAAGAACAAUGUAGGUUUCGUUUUCACCAAGGAGGAUUUGUGCGACAUCCGUGACAAGUUGUUGGAGAGCAAAGUUCGUGCCCCAGCUCGUGCUGGUGCCAUUGCCCCACUUCCCGUCAUCAUCCCAGCCCAGAACACCGGUUUGGGACCCGAGAAGACUUCUUUCUUCCAGGCUCUGUCCAUCCCAACCAAGAUUUCCAAGGGUACAAUUGAAAUCAUCAACGAUGUACCCAUCUUGAAGCCUGGUGACAAGGUCGGAGCUUCCGAAGCCACUUUGCUUAACAUGUUGAACAUCUCUCCAUUCUCAUACGGUUUGAUUGUGAAACAAGUUUACGACUCUGGUUCAAUCUUCUCGCCCGAAAUCUUGGACAUCAAGCCCGAGGACUUGCGCGCCAAGUUCCAACAAGGUGUUGCCAAUUUGGCUGCCGUGUGUUUGCAAGUUGGAUACCCAACCAUCGCAUCCGCACCACACAGCGUUGCAAAUGGUUUCAGGAACUUGUUGGCCAUUGCUGCCACCACCGAAGUGGAAUUCAAGGAAGCCGCCACCAUCAAGGAGUACAUCAAGGAUCCAAGCAAAUUCGCUGCCGCAGCCGCCCCAGCUGCUGCCGCUGCAGCUGCUCCAGCAGCCGCCGCCAAGGAAGCCGCUAAGGAGGAAUCCGAGGAAGAGGAAGACGACGACAUGGGUUUCGGUUUGUUCGAUUAAACGCACUAGAACUGCAUCAACAGACGCCUCUAUCAUCAAGGAAUGCUUUGGUAUACUAAUUGUAAUAGUUAAGUUGCAAAUUAUCGUCGGACUGACACUCCAAUGGCGAGUUGCAACAAACUUGACAAGUAUAAUAAAAGUUUUUACUUGAAAUUUGAA